UCUCCGCUCCUUUUUUGGCAUUACUUUUUCCUUUUUUUGGCGUUCUGUUAAUUUUUUCCAUUUUUGUCUUGCCAUGUUGGAUUUUACAAAAAAAGUUAUCAAUCAUUCUUUAAACAUUUUUAGAAAACAAAAUUUUUGUUAAAAAAAUCUAAAAAAGAAGAAAAUGGGUCUUACACUUUCUGGUCUCUUCAGUCGUUUAUUUGGCAAAAGACAAGUCAGAAUUCUUAUGGUUGGUUUGGAUGCUGCUGGAAAAACGACAAUUCUUUAUAAGCUCAAAUUGGGAGAAAUUGUUACUACAAUCCCGACAAUUGGAUUCAAUGUUGAGACCGUUGAGUACAGAAACAUUUCCUUCACUGUUUGGGAUGUCGGUGGUCAAGACAAAAUCCGUCCUCUAUGGCGUUACUAUUUCCAGAAUACUCAAGGUCUUAUAUUCGUUGUGGACAGUAACGACAAGGAGCGUAUUGUUGAAGCUCGUGAGGAAUUGAUGCGUAUGUUGUCUGAAGACGAACUUCGCGAUUCUGUACUCCUCGUAUUUGCUAACAAACAGGACUUGCCGAAUGCUAUGAACGCUGCUGAACUUACAGACAAACUUGGACUUCACACGCUGAGAAAUCGUAACUGGUAUAUCCAGGCGACUUGUGCCACUUCAGGAGAUGGUUUGUAUGAAGGUUUGGACUGGUUGAGUAACCAAUUGAAGAAUCAAGGUUGA